CCCAAACUUGCAACAAGCAAGACGUAUGCGCGCGCGUUGUCAGCUGACAGACAAAAAAAAAGCUACAGAAAAGUUCUAAAAUUUUUGCGAGAAUUUCCAUAUACAGUGACUGAGAUUGAGAUUGGGAUUGAGACUGUGACUGUGACUGUGAUUGACAAGUACUCGCACGAUCGACAGAUCGGAUCGAUGUUCGCGUAGUGCGGUGUGUCCGACAUAUGAUGAGCCUGACUGUGCUCUCGCUGCCGCAACGUUUCAAACGCCUCCUGCAAGCCAUGUCACUCGCCGUUGCCGUCGUCUAUAUGACGCUGAUGCUCUACCAGAGCGCCUACGGAUAUCCGGGCAUCCAAUUGCCACACAGCCAGGUGGAUGCAGCCAAUGCCAAUGCCAAUGAACCUGUGACCACACAUCGCGACCAGCUGCUCCAGGACUAUGCCCUGCACUCGUCCAGCUCCACGCCCACCCAGCCGGCGGCUGCAGCUGCCGCCGCUGCCUCCCCCACCACCGUGAUCAUCCGCAAGGACAUACGCAGCUUCAACUUCAGCGACAUCGAGGUCAGCGAACGGCCAACGGCCACGCUGCUCACCGAGCUGGCACGUCGCAGCCGCAAUGGGGAGCUGCUCCACGAUCUGUCGCAGCGAGCGGUGACGGCGACGCCCCAGCCGCCCAUCACCGAACUGGAUGACAUUUUCAUCAGUGUGAAGACAACGAAGAACUAUCACGAUACCCGACUGGCGCUGAUCAUCAAGACCUGGUUCCAAUUGGCCCGCGAUCAGACCUGGUUCUUUACGGACACGGAUGAUCACUACUACCAGGAGAAGACAAAGGGCCACCUCAUCAACACCAAGUGCUCCCAGGGCCACUUUCGCAAGGCGCUCUGCUGCAAGAUGUCCGCCGAAUUGGAUGUAUUCCUGGAGAGCGGCAAGAAGUGGUUCUGUCACUUUGACGAUGACAACUAUGUCAAUGUGCCGCGGCUGGUGAAACUGCUGGACGAGUAUAGCCCCAGUGUGGACUGGUAUUUGGGCAAGCCGAGCAUCUCCUCGCCGCUGGAGAUCCACUUGGACAGCAAGAACACGACAACCAACAAGAAGAUAACCUUCUGGUUUGCCACUGGCGGCGCUGGCUUCUGUCUGAGCCGUGCCCUGACGCUCAAGAUGCGCCCCAUAGCAGGUGGCGGCAAAUUCACCAGCAUCGGCGACAAGAUACGCUUUCCGGAUGAUGUCACAAUGGGUUUCAUUAUAGAGCAUCUCCUGAAGGUGCCCUUGACGGUGGUGGACAACUUCCACUCGCAUUUGGAGCCCAUGGAGUUCAUACGCUCCGAUACGUUCCACGAUCAGGUGUCCUUCAGCUACGCCCACAUGAAGAACCAGUGGAACGUGAUCAAGGUGGAUGGCUUCGAUCUGAAGACGGAUCCCAAGCGCUUCUACUCGCUGCACUGUCAGCUCUUCCCCUACUUUAGCUUCUGUCCGCCCAGAUGAGGCCGCGUAUGGGUCCCCCCCACAAUGGGUCCGACGGAUCCUCCAUUUGGCUGUUUGCAGGCGCGCGCGCCCCCGUUCCUCCCUGAUUCGGUUCAGAACCGAUGUGGCAGGGCAGGCGUCGAUAAAACCAAUCUCGCCACUGUGAUUUAACAUUUAAGGGUUCUGUAUUGUAUUUUGUAUGUGUAUAUAAAUGAAAGUUGUGCUUCCUAACGGUAUAAGGUAUACAAUCUGCAGGUGGAUCUGCAGAUAUUGCAAUUCCAACACACUUCCAAGUGCUUCCCUAUAGCAUGUAGUAACACGGAUUCUUCCAAUCUGCUUAGCUGCUAGUUAAAUUAAUCGUCUAGUCUACAUUUAAGUGAACCCCUCCCCUGCUUCCUUUGCAGAGCUACAAAUGACCACAGCUCUGAGCCUGAACACCCUGUCCUCAGCCCCUUUGCUGCUCGUAGUCCGUGGUAGUUGUGUAACACUGUAAUGCAGUCUAAUAAUCGCCUAAACUAGCUGAUAAAUGCGACUAUUUGUGUACAUAGCGUGUAUCUAUUAUAAUCGCUAAGCUUUGUUCUAAGAAAUGUUUAAACAAUUUGUUAAUUUUUAGUUUGCUUGAAUAAAAAUUAUAUGACAUACAAA